CCGGCCGUUGCAGGAACCGGCCCACGUAGACCGCCGAGGCUGGGCCCUCCCGAGGCUGCGGACCGCGAAACGAGCCACAGCUAAGGAGGAGUCUGACGAAUAGCCAGUGCCCUCGUUUCGGUGGGAGGGCGCUCUGAGCCGCGUCGAGGAGCGUCGCGUGUGACCUCCAACGUCCUUUUCUGCCCACGUUACACGCACGUCCGGAUCCCAGAGGAACCCAACCGGAGAACCCAACAUCUAAAAAAAACACCACCACCACCACCAUCACCACGCAACAUGGACUUCUCAAUCCGUCCAGCCAACGUGGAGGACUGCAAGGACGUCGCGCGGAUGAUCGUGGAGUUGUCCGAGUAUGAGAAAGUGGCGGACCAGGUGAAAGUCACGCAGAGAGACUUGGAGCAGGACGGCUUCUCCAAGAACCCGUUCUUCCACGGGAUCGUCGCCGAGGUGCCGGAACAGCACAAAACCAAAGAAGGCCACACAAAGAUUGGAUAUGCACUUUACUUUUACUCCUACAGCUCGUGGUCAGGCAGAGCCGUGUACAUGGAGGACUUGUACGUCAUGCCCGAGUUCAGAGGGAAGGGCAUCGGUAAAGCGCUUAUGAGCAAGGUAGCUCAGCUGGGCCUCGCCGCCGGCUGCAACCAGCUCAACUUCACCGUCCUGGACUGGAACAAACCGUCCCUGGACUUCUACCUCAGCCAGGGCAGCGUCGAUGUCACCGCCAGCAUGGGCUACCACUGCAUGCGCUGCCAGGGCGAGGCGCUGGAGCGCCUGGCGCAGCCAUAGGCCGGCGCCCGGACGGCGGAAGGGGCCUUUCGCCCGGGGCCGAUCAGGUCACUCAGUGCAGGGAUAGAGCGCCACCCGGUGGCCCCGCUCCAAACACGGUGACAAUCGUUAGGCCGACCUCUCGGAGCGUUGAAGUAAUUGGCUGUUUGUUGGUGCUCCGCCCCCCUUUAGUAACUUUUUUUUUUUAAUAGGCUUCCUAAGCUCUCACGCUAGCGCAAAACAAAUAUGCAGCUCACUGCGGUGGAGACGGCGGACUCACCGUUGAAAUUUUUAAAAGAACGUGUCGUCUAUUCCACACAAAACCGGGCCUGAAGCUGAAAUGGAACAGUUCAACAACUGUCGGAUUUUAUUAGCUGUCAAAUAGCAUUAGCAAACUGUUUUAUUAUAUUGGAUAUUAUAAUAUAUUCAUGCGCAAAAUCGAAACAAUUCCAUUUCAUGUGGCGCUAUUGCGUAGUGCAUAUAUAUAUAUGUAUAUAUAUGUAUUUAAAAAUACAUCCACAGUAUCGGUCUUCCGCAGCUUGAUGCACACAGCCAUGUACCUGCUGUGCCUUUUCCACGGUUCGAAGACGGGGUUCAACAAACAGUCAAUCGGCUCGUAACUUAGGGAGUCAAGGCGGCAGUUUUUAAGUAUCGGAAUGGGGCCACACGCAAAACGUUUUAAUAGUCCAUCCGAGGCACUGAGGUCUGUGUUUUGUGUUUACGCGUCUCGUGACAUCUUUUGUCCCAGUGCACCGUUUGAUUUUGGGUGUUAAAUGGAUUAGUUAGCUGAACCUCUUGUGACGUAAUGAUCGAACAUGUGGGCAGGAGGAAGGUCUGACAGGAGUGUGUAUGUGGUCGGGGUGUGUGAGUUUUGGAGGAAGUCUUAACAAAAAAAAAUUAUACUUUUUCUUCUUUUUUUUGCACAAAAUUCCACAAAAACCUUAUGCAUCACAAAGCCGAGAUGAACUUAAGAUUUAAGAGUGAAAGAGUGAUUUUUUCUUUUGGUAUGUUAUCCCUUUAGAUGUACUAUAACCUUUGGCAACAGCACCAAAGAGUCAGUCACCUCCUCCCCUCGUCUCCCUGCUAAGCCGCGCUGUGAAGCUGUUGUGAUGCACAAUGUACAACUAUUUGCACUGUUUUCUUCCCCUUUUCCGCUUCGGAGGCCAUCUCGUGUUCUAAGGAGGAGGAUUGCAGAAAAAAUAGUGGAAAUGCAACAAGCUCUCUGGAGCGGUUUCAAAGAAGGAAGCCUAAAAUCCGAGAUAAAUGAUGCAUCUGGUGGAAUUUAGGAAAAUCAAAGUCUUGGACCGGGCUCAGUCUGUGUCUUUGAACCUGGCCUGCUGAAAUGAAAAGGGGGGCAUAAUUCAGGCUGCAUUUCUGUUUCAUAUCCAGUCCAAUUUAAAAUAAAUAAAUAGAGGCCUUUCUGUAUCAUUUCCAGCAAUUUAAUGAAAAACAGACGUGAGUUUUGGGGUUAUAUUUAGUUGUUGCUUUUCCAUCACUCUAAACAAGUAAUAACCACAGACUCCUCUUUGUAACUUGUGUAUUUUGCAUUUCAUUCGAUACUUUGUUUACAACAUUUGAAUCCUCAGGAUGCACUUUUGUUUCAUUGUGCAAAAUCGAGCUCACCGGGAAUAUUGAGGCUUGAAUAGAGCAAUAUUUUAUCUUUAUCAAGAGAAACUUAACGAGUUCAGCUCCGGCCUAAAGGUUCUCCUGUUACAUUUGCAGUCAUGCUAUUAAGAGAGUGCGUGCUCAAAUAAUAAUAAUAACAAAGAGUCCAAGGAAAAUAGAGAGAUAUUUAUAUCCUUUCGUGUCUGCAACUUCCCCUCUGUUAAACAGCACAAACCUUGUUCCCGGCAUUGGAUUCCUAACACGGUGUCAGUGCCUGAUUCCUGUCAAGUAUUUGCAAUGAACGAAGACUCACUGAAGAGCAACAAGAAAGACGAUUCAGGUUUCAUCUGCAGGGUGCGCACGCGAGUGCUGCAGUCGGCGUAAGGGAGCCGAGCUGGGCUGAAGUUGUCAAGAGAAGCCUCGGGUGUGUAAUCCAGUCUUCAUAACUGGAAUAGUUUCUUCGUGAUGUGUCUUCAAACGCUAUGUGCUGUCACUGAUGUUUUCACAGCGUCUCGCUGUUUCAGAAAUACUGGUACAGAAAAAAAUCUGAAAGCCGUGUUACAAUUAGCGUAGAACGUGCAUGAAAAAAAUAAGUGUUUCAGCCGUCCUGUUGUCACCUGUUGUUGUUCUUGUGUACUUGUUUGAGUGCUCUGUCCAUUUAACACUAAAGAAUAAAACCCCAGACUGCAGUUAACAAACA